CUCCUAGUUCGGGAAAGUGUCUCGCGUGCCGUUAGUGUUGUUCUUCCGUGCAGGAAUUAUUGAGAUGAGAUCCGCGUGAUCUCUUGCAAUACAGUCCGAACAAUGUCGACAAUGAGUAUCAAGAUGUAUGUGGUGACAUUACUAGUGUUGGUCAGUGCAGUGAGUGGCAAGGUGAACUCGACAGUGGGGGAGGGGGGCUCGAGGAUGACCUGGCUGAGGGGCAUCCUGGACCACCACGACUGGCUGGACUUCAUCAGCGCUAACCACAGCCUCCCGCAGACCUGCGAGAAUGAUGUCCGGCAGUAUGUGACUGCGCUCAGAGCUGGGAAACUCUGGGCUUCUAAAAUAUUCGACGCGUCGGGUCAGUACAGCCCGAACGUGUUGUUCGGCAGCGAGUACUGGCUGGGUUCCAUCAACGCCUGCAGGGACCUGCUGCUGAAGAAGUACUACCAGGAGACGCCGCCAUUCGACACCACCUUCUACGUCGCCAAGAUCAACCUUAUCGUCGAUCAGGACCACAUACCGAAGACUCGACCGAUGCUAGUGGGACAGUGCGUGCCGGUGUCGUGCAGUUCGGAUGCGGUGAAGUCGCUGCUAGUGGCGGGCGAGGCGCGCGCGGUCGCCGCCGCAUCCGCAUUCGGCAUCUCCGCAUCGCUCAGCACGCUGUACGUCCGACCAGUCCCCGGCUCAUACAACAUACUGGAGGACCGCAAAUUUCAUAUACUCGGCAUAGCGACCGUGGUGGUGGCGACGUGGAUAUUGUUGGCGUCGCUGUACGAGGGCUACCUGGAGCGGAAGUACAGCCUCGCCAAACAGCGGGACCUGGAAAACGCGAACAACAACACCAAAGACCCUACAAAUAACACACCUCGUAAUGAUGGCGUGGAAUGGAAGAAUUCAGAAGAAGAUAGCAAAAGUAAUAAGUUGGCAAGAGAAGUGUGCGGUCUGUGGUCGGAAGUGUUGCUGUCGUUCUCCGCGCUGUCCAACGGCCGGUCCAUACUCAACACGCAGCAGCCGAGCGAUGGAGCACUCACUUGUUUACACGGAAUGAGAUUCAUGUCAGUAUCAUGGGUGAUCAUGGUGCACACGUACCUGACCGUGUGGUACGUGUCCGAUAACAAGACCAUGCGCGCCGUCACCGAGCGCAACUUCCUCUACCAGUCCGUCGGCAACGCCUCCUACUGCGUCGACACAUUCUUCUUCAUCAGCGGCUUACUAGUCACGAUACUAUUCUUGAGAACCGAGGACUCGAAAAAACAGAGGCUAAAGAGUAAACAAGAGAAAGAAAACAAAAUUAAAAACGACAAAGACAUAAACAAGAACAUAAACGGGUACGCCAACCAGGGCCUCUCUGUCAGCGUCCCGGUGAUAAACCAGGAGGUGUUUUACGAGGAUCUGCUAGAAAAUCCUCCCAAAGGGUACUCAAUGCGGGACUUGGGUAGAAUCACGAAGGAGUUCCUAGUCCUAUUCUUCUAUAGGGUAUCACGGUUGACGCCAGCAUAUGCCUUCGUGAUUGGAGUGAACGAGUUGGCGUUGAGAGUGACGCACGACCACACGGUGUUCGAGCCGGCUACGUUCGACCACAUCAACUGCGCCAACUACUGGUGGCGGAAUCUGCUGUACAUCAACAACCUGUACCCGCAGCGCGAGAUGUGCAUGGUCUGGUCCUGGUAUAUGGCGAACGACACGCAGUUCUAUGUCGUCGGCAUCAUUCUACUACUGAUCUCUGUCAAGCACAUCCGCAUCGCGAUGGUAUCGGUGAUCGCGGUGUUGGUGUCGUCGUGGGUGACCACCAUCUACAUCUCGGUGUGGCACCAGUACAAGGCGCGCAUCUCGGAGCCCUUCGAGAUGUUCGACCCGCUCUACGACAAGCCCUGGUCGAGGAUCGGACCUUAUAUUAUUGGCAUGAUAGUGGGAUGGUACCUCCACCGGACGAAGUGUCAGGUGAAGAUGCCCGCGUGGGUGGUGGCGGCUGGCUGGACGCUGGCGCUGACCAUCAUCGGAGUGCUCAUCUUCGGCAUGGUGGACGGCUACUUCGAGGUCUGGCCCACCGCUUUCUACAUCAGCGUGGGGCAUACGGGCUGGGGCAUAGCACUCGGCUGGAUGGCGCUGGCCUGCUGCACGGGUCACGGCGGGCUGAUCAACUCUCUUCUCUCCUACAACGGCUUCCUCCCUCUCUCCCGACUCACCUACUGCGCCUACCUCAUACACCCCACCAUUAUGAUGUACUCCACCUUCCUACUAGAUGGGCCUAUGCAUUUAGAAAACUCUAUUGUCAUCGCGCUAUACGCGGGCUACGCGGUGAUGGCCUUCAUAGCAUCAUUCUUCAUCUCCUUGGCCUUCGAAGCGCCCAUAGUGAGGCUGCUGAAAAUAGCCAACGGCGGAACCAAGAGGAAAUGAAAAGACUAUCCACUCUGUGCCGGACAAAGACCAAAAUAUACAGUUACCAGAGCGCCUAUUCUCAUGAUUUGAAUGUAGCUUCGAGCGCAGGUUGUCACGUCCGACUUCCUAGUUUGAACUUUGAAGUGACAUUUGAAGCAUGAAAAUAUUGCCCCUACUCUAAGUAGAGCUUAUUAUAAUUUAGAUUAUAACAUGGGUUGUAAAGACGCUGGUUUGUAGAAACUUGGCUUCUUGCGAAAACGUUAUAUUAUAGUUAUAUGCCUAUUUAGUCAUAAGUAAUUCGAAUAUCGAAUAUUUAGCUAUAACCGAAUUCAAAAGAAUUACAUUUUAUAUAUCGUUAUUCGUAAUUCUAGAGAA